UGCAAUUGCGCACGCAUCUCCACUUCAGACAUUAGACAUUGUUGCUAUUUAUCAACAUCUACGGUUUGUUUAUUGCACAUUAGCUUGGACAUUGUAGACCAUUUACCUUACACAGAGAAUACAAAUCUGUAAUUUGGGCUGGACAAGAUGGCUAGCAGCAAUUUUCAGGCGCAGUUAUUAUCCAUUAUGGAGGUAUUAGCUAAAGCAGCUGUAGCAGAAAUAAACCAACGUGUAGAUGAUAGCUGUGCAGUUAUACGUUUGGAAAUGACCCAAAGCCAGCGAGAUAUUGAUGUACUGAAAAGGAAGUGUCAAAUGAUGGAGAGCGAGCUGAAGAAGACACAUGGACGAGUCAGGAGAAAAGGUUUUUACCCGAUGGCAUCAGAGAGAUCUUCAUAUCCAGUCAAGAUUGUUUUGAACAAGCAGAGAAGUAGCUCACAGCGGAGAGACCGAGAGAGUGCUGUUGAAGGGGACUCUCAACCGCAGUCUACCGAUGUGGAGCAGGGAGUGAAGACUGAACUCAUACUGAUCAAAGAUGAGGAGACAGCAGAGGACGUGUGGAAGACUGACCCUCAGGAAGAGAUCAGGAUCACUGGAGAGGAGUCUGGUUCCAAGCCUGGGAAACCACCAUCCUUUGAGCAACAGCUCUGUGAUGAGGACUUAAUCACACAACCCAACAUAUCUUCCGAAAACUCAGUGGAACAUUACCCCAAUUCUGAUCGUCCAGAGGAACCAGGAACACUCCGGCUCGCAUCUACAGAGGUGUUCAGUACAGAGCAGCACCGGCCAGCCAAGAGCAAGGACUCACUAGACCUAGUGAUGGUGAAGGAUGAGAAAGAGGAGGAGCUGGAUCAGACCACAGUCCCGGCAGGACCUGACCAAUUUGUAAUGGAUGACACUGAUGGGCAUCUAUGGACGUCUGUUGAUCCAGGCAGAGAUACUGACCCUGAUGUCCACCCAGAUUUCUCCUUUCAUUCCACAGAAGAGUACUCUCAGAAUAUCUCAAUUUUCCCAUCUCAUGAUAUCGGGCCAUCACUUCACUAUUCUAUUGUGAAACCACAUGCUAACAUGUUCAGUGCAGCAGCACACAUGAAAAGACAUGUCAGAACAUCGGCUGAUGAGACUAGACAACAGAUGUCAGAGGGACAGAGCAGUGAGAUGCUGAACUCAAGUAAUGAAGGAAAUAGUUUAGCUCUACAGCCAAGGCAACAUCAAUACAGGGCUUCAGAAGCAACAGUGAGAUUGAGUGAGUGCACGACAGGGUCAAACAUGGCCACCACCUCCACCUUCUCAGGAUACAGCCUGAGUCGCAGUAGUUUUAACAUGGUGAAGAGAAUGAGGACUCAGUGGAGUUCUGGCAGCACCACCGAGAGGCGUUUCAGCUGCACCUUCUGUGGGAAGCGCUUCCAACGUUUCUGGCAGCUCAAAGAACACCUCCGAAGUCACACCGGAGAGAAACCGUACACCUGUGAACAGUGUGGCAAGAGUUUCACCAAGCAGUGCAACCUGAUCAGACAUGCUCUGGUCCACAGUGGGGAGAAACCGUAUGAGUGCACACAGUGUGGGAAAUGCUUCACCCAGCGCUCCAAAAUGACAUCACAUCAGAGAACUCACAUAGGAGAGAGUGCAGUGUCUCAAUAUGUGGCACCCGCAUACCCUGGGGAUCCACGCAGAAGUUUAAUGUAGUCUCAGAACAGAUGGAUCAAAUAGGAACAUAAUUGCAUUUUCUAUGGGAAAAUAUAGGAAAGAAGAUAUUUUGGGACAUUUUGACAAGAUUUUUGUCCUAAUUGAUUUGUGAAAUGGUUUUUCUAUUUGACUGUUAAUGGAUCAUCACUUUUAUUUUAUUAACCUGUUUAUUUACACCUGGUAACAUUGUGUAUUGCUACCACAAAAUCGUAAAAAACAUGUUAUAUUCAAUAACAUUUAUUUAAUUAAAGAGUCCAUCUGCGGUUUUAAAAAAAAGUGAUAUACCUUUUCUAACCUUUAAUAAAUACCAUACCACAUUUUCAGAAUGAUUUCAUAAGGUUGUGUCGAUGAGAGUGUAGAUGACAACAUUAAUGACAAUAUUUGAUCAUUCAUGAGUUUUUAUGAAUGGUUGAAGAACGGGUUUUUGUAUUUUACGUUUUACCACAGUGAGGAAUGCAUUAUGUAUUGAUAGCCUUUUUAUGCAUUAAUAACCAUGUGAGCCACUGCAUUGCACUCUCUCCUACAUGUAGCCAUACCUAUUGGCAACAAAACCACGGCGUUUUACAAUCUGAAUUCUUUAUUCAGAAAGUUAAACGUGUUCUUUUUUUGUCAAUAGAGAUAGCUACCCAACACGGUAUCUGCAGACUAUAAUCGACCCUUGUAUUUGUCUUGCCAGUGCUAAUUCUAACAAUUUGAAGGGCUGUUGCAGUCGCAUAUUUACGGUAAUAAAUACUUACGUCAAGAGUUUAACGGAAGUGCUAUUGAAAUUGCGCACUCAUCUCACACUUCACUACAUUGUUAUUUAGCAAGAUCUACGGAUUGUUUAUUGCACAUUAGCUAUUUACUUCACACAGAGAAUACACAUCUGUAAUUUGGGCUGGACAAGAUGGCCAGCUGCAAUUUUCAGGCUCAGUUUGUAUCCAUUAUGGAGGUAUUGGCUAAAGCAGCUGUAACAGAAAUAAACAAACGUGUAGAUGAUAGCUGUGCUGUUAUACGUUUGGAAAUUACCCAAAGCCAGCGAGAUAUUGAUGUACUGAAAAGGAAGUGUCACAUGAUGGAGAGCGAGCUGAAGAAAACGCGCAGACGAAAGGGUUUUUACCCCAUGGCAUCAGAGAGAUCUCCAUAUCCAGUCAAGAUUGUUUCGAACAAGCAGAAUAGUAGCUCACAGUGGAGAGACUGCGAUAUGUCUGUUGAAGGGGACUCUCAACCCCAGCCUACAGAUGUGGAGCAGAGAGUGGAGACUGAACCCAUACUGAUCAAAGAUGAGGAGACAGCAGAGGACGUGUGGAAGACUGACCCUCAGGAAGAGCUCAGGAUCACUGGAGAGGAGUCUGGUUCCAAGCCUGGGAAACCACCAUCCUUUGAGCAACAGCUCUGUGAUGAGGACUUCAUCACACAACCCAAUAUAUCUCCCAGAGACUCAGUGGAACAUUACCCCAAUUCUGAUCAUCCAGAGGAACCAGGCACACCCUGGCUAUCAUCUACAGAGGUGUUCAACACAGAGCAGGACCGGCCAGACGAGGACUCACUAGACCUAGUGAUGGUGAAGGAUGAGAAAGAGGAGGAGUUAGAUCCGACCACGGCCCUGGCAGGACCUGACCAGUUUGUUAUGGAUGAGACGGAUGGGCAGCUGUGGACCUCUGUGGGUCCAGGCAGAGACACUGACCCUGAUGGCCACCCAGAUUUCUCCUUUCAUUCCACAGAAGAGUACUCUCAGAAUAUCUCAAUUUUCCCAUCUCAUAGUGGGCUGCCAUCUGUUCCUACUAUGACAGAUGAAGUGGGGCCAUCGCUUCACUCUUCUAUAUGGAAACCACAUGCUAACAUGUUCAGUGCAGCAGCACACAUGAAAAGACAUAUCAGGACAAUGGCUGAUGAGACUAGACAACAGAUGCCAGAGGGACAGAGCAGUGAGAUGCUGAACUCAAGUAAUGAAGGAAAUAGUUUAGCUCUACAGCCAAGACUGCAUCAAUACAGGGCUUCAGAAGCAACAGUGAGAUUGAGUGAGUGCAUGACAGGGUCAAACAUGGCCACCACCUCCACCUUCUCUGGAUACAGCCUGAGUCACAGUAGUUUUAACAUGGUGAAGAGAAUGAGGACUCAGUGGAGAUCAGGUGGAAACACAGAGAGGCGUUUCAGCUGCACCUUCUGUGGGAAGAGCUUCCAGCGUCUCUGCCAGCUCAAAGUACACCUCCGGAGUCACACCGGAGAGAAACCGUACACCUGUGAACAGUGUGGCAGGAGUUUUACUAAGCAGUGCAACCUGAUCAGACAUGCUCUGGUCCACACCGGGGAGAAACCGUAUGAGUGCACACAGUGUGGGAAAUGCUUCACCCAGCGCUCCAAAAUGAAGUCACAUCAAAGAACUCACGUAGGGGAGGGUCCAGUCUCUCAAUACGUGGUACCCGCAUUCCCUGGGGAUCCACACACAAGUUUAUUGUUGUCUCAGAACAGAUGGAAUAAAUAGUUCAUAAUUGCAUAGUUUUUCUGUAACAAUUACGUAAACUACACACUGUGUACUAAUCGUAUUACAUAGUAUUUAGAACGUACUGUUUUGUUAAUUGAAUGCCGCAAGCAAGAAAUACUAGGCUCCUCCUACUGAGAAGGCCUCAUCUGAUGUGUUAUUUUGGUACAGCGUGUCUCAUCAGUUCUACCUUUUUCUCUCCUUUAAUAAAUACCAUACCACAUUUUCA